GGGUCUUAAAAAUAAAAGAAUAAAUCCACAUGAUCCUUGCUAAUCCUGGUUACCGAAGUUUGAAGACAGAAAUUCAGGUUGAAGGAUAAAAAAAAAACUUGAUAAUGUGAAUUUUGAUGAUAAUCUGAUUUUGAUGUGUGCUCCAUCUUGCUAGACGACAUUAUGUAGUGUAAGGGGAUUUUUAGAAUGGAUGGUAUGCUGGAAUGUCAUAGUGUUCUUUGGUGGAAUCAAACAUGUUUUUCGUAUUUUUAGGGAUUUGUUCUAUAUUAGGUUUAACGGAUGGAACGUGCACGUUUCCGGGGUCUUUGGAGGGUCUCUGGACUAGCAGUCACAAUGGGGACAUGACCUUUAACUCGACCCACGUGGAAUACCCUGUGGGAGCCACCGGAGGAAACCUCAUAUUCGAAUGCAAUGGAUAUGCAGCAACGAAGUACAUGUUGAAAUCGCAGACUUUCCCGCUGUUCAGCAGUUAUGCUGUUGCUGUGAUGUGCAUGGACCUUGAAGAAGUGAAAACCAAUCUCUACAAGAUGACAAUUUACACAAGCAAACUCGCAGAUGCUGAUUAUCAGAGAGUCAAGUACAUUACCACGACAACAACCGUGACCGAUGCUAUUGCUUGUGACAACACGGCCAACACCGAUUUUCAUCUCUUGCUGAAAAAUGGAUCCAUAUCUGAUGUUUCUACACAAUGCCCGGAUAUUCUCUUGGGAUCUUUUAUGUUUACUUUCAACGACAGUUCCUGUGAGAACGACACAGGUGCUCUGGAUGUGUGCACCGAUACCAGUCUCCUCACCUUAAACUACACGGCUUGUACCACAGAAGUAGCAUACUCAGCUGAUGGAAACAUGAAUUGCAUAUAUUCCUCAACCGUUGGUUCUGCUGAGAGGGUGCACAUGUAUAACUUGGACUCCACUACGGACGAAUCAACGUAUUACAGAUUUUCAUGCUUUAUGCUUGAGACGUCAGGGGAUAGAGUGAUCGGGACAAUACAUCCCCAGGAUUGUCUCAGCACUCAGACUUCGACCUCGGUUGAUUCUCCAGGGGCGACAAUUAACAUGACAGCCUCAUUGACGUGUGUUCCCACAACAGGGUCCACUCUCGCUACAGCCGCCAUAGUCGGAAUCGUGUUGGUGGUGUUGGUGGUCUUAACGAUAGUGGGACUUGUCAUCGGAUACUUCUGCUGGAAGGCUAAAUGUAAGAAAGAGAAAGUAGAGCCAAGGAAAGGACUCCCACCCACCAGUACUGGUAUGCCGACAUUUCUUUCCCAUCACGUGGGCACCGGAAAACCCCAAGGAUUCAAUUCAAUGAAGCGUGAACAAUCCAAUAGCACUUUGCUCUCUGACAGUCGUACUAAUCUGAUCCUUACCCCAAGUACAUUGCACCCUAAUUAUGUUAAUAAACACGACGCUGUGGAAAUCCCUGUGCCACUGGAUGCUAAGAAGAGCAUCUUGCCGCCUUUGAACGACCUGAACGGAAGUCAGCUGAGUUUAUUGCACAACGAGGAGUCGUUUAUGGCUAGCUCUAGACAACAAGCCUCCAAAGGUCACAGUAAAAAGAAGAAGAAAGGCGGAAAGACUAAAAGACAUUAAAACAUGUAUCAUGUAGUAUGUUUUAAUUUUGGUUAAUACUGUCUGAGAAAAGUCUGUAGAACUUGCAAAAAGUUUCGGACUCUGACGGCUGAAGUUGUGCAGGGAUAUCGUUGUUCAUGGGUUUGUUAUCUAUCAUUUGACCUUUUAUAGGUACAUGUAUAUGUACUCGUAAUACGAAAAAGAAGCUAACUGAUUGCAUGCAUCUUUAUUUUGGUCAUAAAGUGUUCUAUUAUUGACCAAUAUGAAGUUUGCAUUUGUGUUGUUAAAGUGCUUUAACCUGUGGAAGUGCUCCUACAUAAUUUAUUUUGAUCUACAAUACAUAAAUGUAAUAUUAUAAAUAGUCUUUUUUGUUUAUGUGGAAAAAUGAAAACGUAUAUAAUUUCUUCGCCGCUUGUAAAAAUUACAUUAAAGCUAAGAAUACUCAUUUCAUUCAACCUUUUAUGCUAGACUUAAUUGGUCAAUAUUGAUACCAAUGUGUUAUGUGGUUGCCUUCACAGACUAUUAUAAGUAUUUUUGCUGCUGUUCACAAAAUUAGCUAUUAUAGUGCGUAUUACCUAUUUCUUUCACAUUGAACUAUUUGUUAAUUCAAAAUUCAUAUUAUGAAUAUGUACGACACACUGGUAUAUCAUUAGGAGAGGAACUAGUAGGUUGUUAGAACUUGUUUCCAAUCCUUUGAUUUAUUCAAUAAAACAUGUUCAAAACAUAUCUUUUGUUAUUUUGUGAACAAUUUCAUAGUCAGGUAUAAAUGUAUAAUACUUUUAUCUUGAUAGCUGAUAAUUUGAUAUGUGGUAUUGAUUCUUUAUUAAAUCAUAUCUUAAUUUUUCCGAUAUUGUUUUUUUUUUUUUUGGUUAAUUUUUUCCUCAUGUACACAUUAGGGCUUCUUAUCCAUUUUGUUCUCAAUCUAUUGAGAACAAAAUGAGUAAGAAGCCCCUGUGAUGUACACGGAGAUGCAAUCCGAUAAUCGAUGAUAUUGUUAUCGAUAUUACAUCGACAUGAGAAAUUACAUACUUCCAGCCUUCUAUUCCCUUUGAAUUGUAUGUAUGUUGAUGAAUUGAAAGUAAAUGUACCAUUUCCCAUUCAAAUUCGAGUAAAACAGAAAUUUAGAAAUUGUAGUCCCCUAGUACAUUUAGUACAUCCCAAAUGUACUAGGGGACUACAAUUUCUAAAUUUCUGUUUUACUCGAAUUUGAAUGGGAAAUGGCGCAUUUACUUUCAAUUCAUCAACAAACAUACAAGUGCAGUUA